UCACGAUAAGCGGGACAGGGCGCGGCCGGGUUAAGGCAGGCUGUGCGAGUAUAUAAUGGAGGCCUGGACGAUGUUGAUCACUCAUUCUCUUGGUGCUGAUCCAGGUGGCAGGACCCUACACUCAACACUACUUGAACUCACCAUGUUCAGAUACGGUCUCCUCUUACUGCUGGUGGCGAGCUCCUGUGUGCUUGGCCUGGCAGACAAGCCUCGUAGACUCUACGAAGCCCCGCGGCAGACGUAUGACUAUAGACCGCCUUGCACGACACGGUACGUGGAUAAACUGGUGACGGUGACAGAGACUGUCCCCUCCUACGUCACAACAACUGUCGAUAACUACGUCUCAGUCACCGAAACUCAGCAAGUCACCGAAUACGAGACCGUCGUUUCUACCGUGGUGGAACCCACAUACAUCACAGAAACAGAAGUUUCCACUGUCGUCGACACUGUCCACAACACUGAGUAUGUGACAGAGACUGAAGUAGUGACCGACACUGUCCACUCCACCGAAACUCAGUACGAGACCGUCGUCUCCACCGUUGUUGAGCCUUCCUACAUCACAGAGACCGAGUACUCAACGGAAGUCGAGACUGAAUUAUCAACCGUGUCCGUCACACAAACCCAAUACGAGACCGAGACCGUCGUCUCCACCCAGGUCCAGGUGGAGACCACUUCCUUGUACUUCACCGAAGUGGAAACAGUGUACUCCACUGAGUACUCCACCGUGUCUACGUACAUCACCACCACCGAGGAGAUCACGCCCACUACCUCAUACAUUCCCCCUCCUGCCACCAAAUCCUCAUACAGCUACCCUCCACCUCUCAGGGGUUACAACUUCUAAGUAACACUGAAAUCUUUCACCUGGACAGCAGAGCUUCAAGCAAACACUGCUCUUAGAAACCUAUGUUUAAGAAUAUUUACAUUAUAUUAUUGCUCAUAAUUUAAAUAAAGCUUUUAUGUAAAUCA